UGGUGGGGCUCUCGACUUAUGCUUGUUUAAAGCAAAGAAAAGAGACGAGAUAGAGUCGGUUUCCGAUAACUCUGAACAGAAUAAACACUUUAAAGUCAACUUCCUGCUGCUUUGUUUUUGUUGCAGUAGCGGUUAUCUGUGAAUUUAGGGUUUUUUGCUCAAACUUCCAAGUAAACAAGCCCAAAGUUCAGAACACCUUGAACUGAAGGCUGCAUGACCAAAAAGCUCCACAGUCAAGCCAGCUCUGAAGUCAAGUUAUGGCUGAAAACAAGCAGAAUACCUGCUACUACAACCACAAUGUCACCUUCUUCUACAACCAGGUGGGGAAGGAAAUGAGUGAAAAGUGGACCCCGAGGGACUUCGUGGUCAUCGGACUUGGAUUGACGGUGUGUGUUAUUGUAGUUUUGGCAAACCUGCUGGUGAUGGUAGCCAUCUUCAAGAACCGCCGCUUCCACUUCCCCAUCUACUACCUCCUAGGGAACAUGGCAGCAGCAGACCUGUUUGCAGGUCUUGCCUACGCCAACCUGAUGUUGAACACGGGCCCUUGGACUCCAACGCUUACGAAGCAGCAGUGGUACAUCCGCGGGGCUCUGAUUGACAUCACCCUGACUGCCUCUGUGGCCAACCUGCUGGCUGUUGCUGUGGAGCGCCACCAGACCAUCAUCACCAUGCAGCUGCACAGCAACAUGACCAAGCGGCGCGUGGUGCUGCUCAUAGUCUGCAUCUGGGCUGCAGGAAUCAUCAUGGGUCUGGUUCCCUCCUUGUUUUGGAACUGCGAGUGUGAUCUAAAAGACUGCUCUACAGUGGCACCGCUGUACAGCCGCCGCUUCCUCGUCUUCUGGGCCGUUCUCAACCUGCUCACUUUCUUCGUUAUGGUGGCAAUGUACUCCCGCAUCUUUUAUUACGUGAAAUGUCAGAGUCGGCAGACGGCCCAGCACACCUCUGAGAUCCGACAAAACCAGACGGUUGUCAACCUGAUGAAAACCAUCUCGAUGGUUCUGGGGGCCUUUGUAAUCUGCUGGACACCUGGCCUCAUUACCCUCCUGCUGGACGGGCUGCUGGGUAAAGACGGCAACGCCAACAGCUACGAGAAGUACUGCUUGGUGGUAGCAGAGUGCAACUCUCUGGUGAAUCCUGUCAUUUAUUCUCUGCGGGACGACGAGAUGCGGCGGACGUUCAAGUGGAUCCUGUGUCGUUUGUGUCAGAGAGGUGCUGAUCGACAGCAGGAUGCUUCCCCUGCUGAGAUCAACUCUCCACUGACGGAGAAAACUCUUGAAUGCGCCCUGCAGUUAGAAGAUCAGGCCUUGUGGAAACCUCGGGAUACAGACUUUAGUGACAACAGAUGGACAGAGCCCGUGGUCUGAUGGGAAAAUAAACUGGUAUGGUUACCUGAAACUA